AUGGAAACGGAUGACAAUCAUCCAAUUUCGAUAUUGAUCGAGGAGUUGAAGAAUGAUGAUAUUCAAAUACGUUUGAAUUCUAUACGUAAAUUACAAUCAAUCGCCAAGUCAUUGGGUCCUGAUCGAUCCAGGAGUGAAUUGAUUCCCUAUCUCCAAGACUCAGUGCUUGAGGAUGAGGAUGAGGUGUUGGUGGCAUUGGCUGAGGAGUUGUGCAUGUUGACAGAGUUGGUUGGAGGCAAUGAUCAUGCCACAUGUUUAUUGUCACCGUUGCAGAUGUUGGCUGGUGCCGAGGAGGUGAUCGUUCGUGAGAAGGCUGUGGAGGCAUUGUGUAAGAUUGCACAGGAUCUGCCACAGACUGCAUUUGACAAUGUGUUCCUGCCACUACUACUCAAUCUAUCCAAAGUGGAAUGGUUCACAUCACGCACCUCUGCAUGUGGACUACUCAAUGUAGCAUAUCCCAGGUCAUCAACAGAGAUGAAGAAGAAUCUUAGGAAGACAUUUAGUACUUUGUGCCAUGAUAAUACACCAAUGGUUAGACGAUCGGCGGCCACAUACCUAGGUACAUUCUCCAAACUGAUUGAGAAGGAAGCGGUAAAGACAGAGAUGUUACCAUUGUUUAUAUUCUUGGCAGGUGAUGAACAGGACUCUGUUAGACUAUUGGGUGUGGAGAACUGUUCGACAAUUGGAUCAGUAUUGACAGCUGAGGAGAAUAUACAUCAUAUUCUACCUAUACUUAAAUCAAGUGCAAAUGAUAAGUCUUGGCGAGUUAGAUAUAUGGUGGCGCGUCUGUUCAAGGAACUUUGCGAGGCGAUGGGUCCCGAGAUCACCAGGUCGGAGUUGCUCGGCUGCUUUGUCAAACUGCUAAAGGACACUGAAUCAGAGGUGCGAACAGAGGCAGCACAGCGAGUGACCGAAGUGUCCACAUUCAUAUCCAAGGAUAUGUGCGCAAAGAUCAUCCUGCCCUGUGUGAAAGACCUGGUGACGGACCCGUCACAACAUGUGCGCGCAGCUUUGGCUCAGUCGAUCAUGGGCCUGGCACCGAUAUUGGGCAAAGAAGACACACUCAAUCAUCUGUUAAACAUAUUCCUACAGCUUCUAAAGGACGACUUCCCCGAUGUGCGUCUCAAUAUCAUCUCCAAGCUGGACACGGUCAACCAGGUCAUUGGCAUCGAGAUGCUUUCACAGUCCCUGUUGCCUGCCAUCGUCGAGCUUGCCGAGGACCAGCAAUGGAGGGUGCGUCUUGCGAUCAUUGACUAUAUACCACUUCUGGCUUCACAAUUAGGCGUGGAGUUCUUUGACGAGAAGCUUGGCAACCUUUGCAUGACCUGGCUGGGCGACCCUGUAUUCUCAAUCCGAGAAGCAUCCACCAACAAUCUGCGAAAGUUGACUGAAGUGUUUGGCGUUGAAUGGGCCAAGACCAGCGUCAUUCCCAAGGUGCUCACACUACACUCACAUCCCAACUACCUGUAUCGCAUGACCACGUUGUUCUCCAUAGGUGUGCUGGCACCAGUGGUUGGCAGUGAUGUUAUAUCCAGCUCAAUGGUGCCACUACUAUCAAAGAUGGCCUCGGACAAGGUACCCAACAUCCGAUUCAAUGUGGCCAAGACAUUCGAGUGCAUCAUACCCUACAUCGACAGCACACUUGUACAGUCCAAAGUGCGACCACUGCUUACCAAGCUCCAGAACGAUGAUCAAGACAAAGAUGUAAAGUUCUACGCCAACCAGGCACUACAAAAGUGUUGUUGA